AUGCUGCAGCUGUUGACAUUCCUGGUGGAGAAGCUCUCUCUUUUCUCCAACUUCAAACUUUUUGAAUCCAGCUGGUCGGACGGAGAGGAGCGGGAGCAGCACGCGCAGCGCGGCCCCCCUCUGCCCCUCCGGAGGGGAGACCUGCUGGAGGUCCCCAGAACCCUCUUCACCCACUACGGCAUUUAUUUAGGUGACAACAAAGUUGCUCACCUGAUCCCUGACAUCCUGCCCGUGCUCACAAACGACCAGAAGCUCAUCAGCUCUGUCAUCACGAACAAGAGGCUCAUUCUCGGCUGCAUGUACAGGUGUGCCACAGUGCGCGUGGACACUUUAGAGGACUUUGCAUAUGGCUCCAACAUACUGAUAAACCGCAUGGAUAAGAUGAUGAAAAAUCAAGCGUUUCCAAAUGAAGACGUCGCGAAGAGAGCUGAAAAACUCAUUGGAGCGAUUCCGUACAGUCUGCUGUGGUAUAACUGUGAACACUUUGUCACACAGUGCAGAUACGGAGCUGCAGCGAGCCGGCAAACAGAGCAGUUCUGUGAGUGCUUGAAAUCGAUCAUCAGAGACCAGCGCAGCGUGAUUGUCACAGGCCUGCUUGGAAUGAUCUCGAUCAUCUGUUUUGGCAUGGCACCGUCAACAACAUUACCCACAAUCCUUAUUCCCUUUACUCUGUGGAUGGCUGGUUAA